AUGCACAAUGAUAAAGGCCGCAAGAAACACGGCAGCGUGAAGAGAACUCAUACCAGCAGCAAAAAGCAACAAUUGACCCUGAGCGAAUUGCAAAGUCGCUUCGAGAUCCAAAACAACAUCUCCGGCGAGAGCACCGAUAGUAGUGUGGACGGUACCAUUCUCACUCCCACCUCCACCUCCACCCCGGAUUCUGUGUCGAACGCGCAAACUACUCCUCCUACCUCGAAUUCCAGUUCGUCAGCGACAUCGACCGCAACAGCCCAGACUACCGCGAAAAUGUCUCGAACACAAAUGAAGCGCAAACAAUCCUCGCCCAUGGCGCCGGCCUUCAUGGUCUCGGCACCCGGAAAAGUCAUCGUCUUUGGCGAACACGCCGUCGUUCAUGGCAAAGCAGCUCUGGCCGCUGCAAUUUCCCUACGAUCGUAUUUGCUCGUCACCACGCUCUCCAAAUCACAUCGUACAGUCACGUUAAAUUUCCGCGACAUCGGGCUGGAUCAUACAUGGGACAUUGACUCCCUCCCCUGGAAUGUGUUCAAACACCCUUCCAAGAAGAAGAUGUACUACGACCUUGUGACGGAGCUAGAUCCAGACCUUGUUGCGGCAGUACAACCCCAUGCCGCCGCCGUAUCAACCGAUAAACCAGAUGAUGUGCGCAAAAUCCAUCAAAGCUCCGCGGCGCAAUUCCUUUAUCUCUUUCUGUCGUUGGGAUCUCCCGAAUCCCACGCCGCAAUUUAUACAUUACGAUCUACAAUCCCUAUUGGCGCUGGCUUAGGAAGUAGUGCAAGUGUGAGUGUGUGUCUCAGUGCAGCGCUUCUACUUCAAAUCCGAACAUUGGCUGGGCCACAUCCCGAUCAACCACCCGAAGAAGCCGAAGUGCAGAUUGAGCGUAUCAACAGAUGGGCCUUUGUCGGUGAGAUGUGUAUACACGGCAACCCCAGUGGUGUCGAUAAUACAGUUUCUGCCGGAGGCAAAGCAGUCCUUUUCCGACGGAGCGAUUACAGCAAACCGCCCACCGUAACACCAUUAAACAAAUUCCCCGAAUUACCACUCCUGCUGGUCAACACGCGCCAAUCGCGCUCAACGGCCGUCGAAGUCGCCAAAGUCGGCAGACUCCGCGAAACCCACCCCGAAGUCACAGAGGCAAUGCUCGACACAAUCGAUAAAGUGACCAUGUCAGCCAGCGAGAUGAUCAAAGAGAGCGACUUUGAAGAGGAUGAGGAAGCGCUCGAAGAAUUCGGCGCCUUGUUCCGUAUUAAUCAUGGUCUUCUCGUGUCCCUAGGUGUAUCCCACCCACGCCUCGAACGCAUCCGCGAACUAGUCGAUUACGCAAACAUAGGCUGGACAAAACUCACCGGAGCCGGCGGCGGCGGCUGCGCAAUCACCUUGAUCAGGCCCGACGCCACGCCCGAAACCCUCAAGGACCUCGAAGCAAAACUCGCAGCAGAAAAUUUCGAGAAAUUCGAAACUACACUCGGCGGCGACGGAGUGGGCGUUUUGUACCCCGCCGUGCUACGAAAUGGAUCAAAUGAAGAAGGAGGCGAAGAGAUUGAUCAACAGAAAUUCGAGAACGCGGUUGGUAUGGAGGGCAUUGAUAAGCUUGUAGGUACCCAUUCUACCAUGCAGGAGAGGAGAGAAGGAUGGAAGUUUUGGAAGAGGGCUGGUGGGUGGACUAAAUAA